AGUGCGUUCCUCGUAAAACCAGCCCAGCUUGCGCGCCAGGAGUUCCGGUCAUGUGACCCACCUGGCGCUAGGAUUGUCACCAUUACUACUACGGAAAUCCAAUGCUGAUCUAGCGGGAGAAUAACUCUUUAGUCCACGUCGAUCUUCCGUCCCCCUGUCGAAUCUGCCCCCAGCGCCUCCCUACCAUCACGUCACGUGCUUCCCGCCAGCACUCCGUCCAUCCAUCCAUCCAUCUGGGCGCCUAAUCCACCGACUCCCGCCAGCUUCCAGACUAGAUCGUGCUGUUCUUCCAGCACUUCUGGCUCCACACCACCCCCACGCGCCUCCAUCCCUCUGCUGACGAAGUGCCGCUGCCGUUUCUGGCCAAAAACGCCCAUUCGAUCAACAUCCGUACUGCCAGUCAUACACCCAAUCGGAGCCUUCAGUCGACUCACGGCCUAAUCACUCCCCAAAAUGCAUAACCCGGUCCAGACACUCAUCAUCAAGUCCAGAUUGUACUUCAGGCGCCGACACAAGUCGUCGCUCGUAUAUUCUGCGAUCAUUCUCGUGGUGUUGUUCUACUUCAUCGUUUUCCAAAACUUGGUCUUCUUGCAGACCAGCGACAGCACCAGCGAGAGCUCUGUGAUCACCAAUCCUGACCAUGACUCGUCCAUUUUCACGCCUGUGGCAAAUCUACUCGGAAAACUCAUGUUCUUCAAAAAGAAGACGGUGCCGUUCGUCAAAACCGACGCCGCUGCUUCUAUCGACAACAAGCCAGCGAACCAAAAGCCAUUGGCAGAGCCUGAGACCAUUCCUCAGCCCAUAAAGGUCCCUGAAGUCAAGGGCGAUGUCCGCAAACCCGAAAUAAAAAACCCUGAAAAGAUAGUCGAGCCAGUCGGCAAAUCAGACGGGAACCCUGUCAAUAACGCUGGACACACCCACAAGGACAACAAGGAAUUUGGCGAUGUUUUAGACUUGGGUUUACAGGAAAUUUCCCCCUCGUACCCUUCAAACACUCCAAAUACGGUCCCUGCCGAAAAUAAUUGGGACGACGAUCUCGUAGCGGCCCCAGCUCCAGCUCCCAAAGCAAACCCUAGCCUCAACGACUUGGUAGAUUUAAGUGGUUUGGAAGAAGUGAUAAGUCCAAAGCUCAAAAUUAAACCAAAGCCCAAACCUCAUCCAGUCAUAAAGGAGACUUCAAAAGAACUCAAAAGAAAGAAGAUAGGCUACAAGUUCUUCCAAGACGUCUUUGGUGUUUUGCACGCUGGAAGACCAGUCAUUCCGAUGUUAAGAACCUACUUUUCGGAAGAACGUAUUUAUCACGCGAGAUACGACUCCCUUGAUCCCAAAAACUUGAUAUUCAGUGAAUGGUUCUUAUCAAGGUUCAUUCAAGUGAACGACACCGAGUUAGAGUCCAUGACAAGCCUGCACAAGUAUGUCAUCGACAACUUGCCAGACACUGCACCCAAGGGGUUAUACUCUGGAAACGGAAUCGUGUAUGUUGGUGGUGGUAAAUUUAACUGGUUGACUUUACUUUCCAUCAAGUCCAUAAGAGCGUUGGGUAGCAAGUUACCCAUUGAAAUCCUCAUUCCCAAAGCAGACGAAUACGAGGCCGAACUAUGUGAAAAGGUGUUUCCUUCCUUGGGUGCCCGGUGCAUUUACUUACCUUACGAGUUACAUGACCCAAAAGACGUGGACGAUGGAUUCGUAUUGGAAAAAGAUAGCAAAACAAAGUUUGAAUUCGAGGGUUACCAGUACAAGGCCCUCGCAAUUUUAUUGCUGAGUUUCGAAAACAUUUUGUUGUUGGAUAGUGACAACAUUCCUGUACAUUCCCCCGACCACCUUUUCAAACAAGAUCCCUUCAUUUCCAAUGGUUUCAUCGUUUGGCCUGACUUUUGGAAGAGAGCUACGUCUCCCGACUACUACAAGAUCGCGGGGCUCAAAGUGAGCGAAGAGGACUUAUUGCCCAUUUACGACGAAAUUUCAGGCUCAUACAAGCCAGCCGAAUACAAGGCUGACCCCAAGUUUUUGGAUGCCAUCCCGUUGCAUCAAAGAAAAGGAAGUGUUCCCGACCCUACUUCCGAGUCAGGUCAACUUAUGAUCUCCAAAAAGACUCAUACGAAAGCACUCUUACUUGCAUUAUACUACAAUUUAUAUGGGCCCUCGCAUUUCUACCCGUUAUUUUCGCAGGGCUCUGAUGGAGAGGGAGAUAAGGAAACAUUUUUAGCUGCUACCAUUGCUACCAACAAGAAGUACUACCAAGUAGCUAAGUUUUUGAACGCAUUCGGGUACUUUAACAUCCGUGGAGAGUUCGAAGGCACUGGAAUGGGUCAAUAUGAUCCUGUUGAAGACUAUCAAUAUUCAAAAGUACGGUCUCAACUUGAAGGCAAAAGUCCAGAGCAGGAGAAAAAGCUCAAAGCCAAGGAUCCCAUUCUUGCCAAUGGGCCCCAGAUUUUGUUUGUUCAUGCCAACUGGCCUAAACUCGACCCCUGGGAACUUUUUAUCAAACGCAGAAUCUUUAACGAGAAGGCCGAGCGGAUCAGACUUUACGGUACUGGUAUGAAGCUCCGCACGGGUAGCGACUUCGAAACAGUGCAAUGGACUCACCUGUAUGAACUUUUGUGUGAGAUGAAAAUCGAAGUUGACAUUUAUAGAAUGGUGGAUCGGGAGGAUAUUUGCAAGGAACUCAAACAGCAUCUUGACUUCUUGGCCUCCACGGUCGACACUUUAGAAAAAUAGAAUAUAUGGGCGUACUUGAGCUACUCGUACGAUCAGGAAAUCAAAAGUUUGUCAAAAGCGAUAACAAUUAUCCCAAGUAAAAUGAGAGUAGCAGAAAGAGAAUAGUGUUAGCUUAUUUGCUACGGAUUGUUUCCCUGGUUCAAUAGACCCUGAUGCUACUCUAGUAAA